AUGGGUUUGAGAGCGAGGAUCACUGCAUCUGGAGAAAGCAUCAGGAGAAGAAGACCUGUUGCAGAUAUCGGUAAUUGUAUAACUGUUCGUGAGGUUGGUAAUGUUGGCCAAGGGAAAUUUGUUUUUGUAGUUCAAAAGAAGGUUACCACAGUGAAGAGGGCUAUAUCUGACAACGCUGCCUGUGAUGUACCGAAGGAGUCCGAUAUUGUCGAUAUCGAUGGAGCAGAUGUUGGUAAUCCCUUGGCAGUGGUAGAAUAUGUUGAAGAAAUGUACAAAUUCUACAAACUCUCAGAGAGUAGGUCAAUUCAUCAAGUUCAUGGAUAUAUGGAGUUGCAACACGAGAUAAUUGAGCAAUUUAGGAUGGUCGUUGUGGAUUGGUUGAUUGCUGUUCAUAUGGAAUUUCAACUUACUCCAGAAGUAUUAUAUCUUUCUGUCCAGAUUUUGGAUCGAUACCUUGCGUUGAAUUUGGGUGUGGGAAAGGAGGAGCUGCAGUUAGUAGACUACUGCCAUGUUUAUAGCAAGCAAAUAUGA